CGGGCUCGGGCUCCGGCGGCGGCGGCCGGGAGAAGGCGGCGGCGGCGGCGGGAUGGGGCGGCUGCGGCUGCUGCUGCUGCUGGGCGCCGCCGCGCUCGGGGCCGCCGCGCUGGCGGCAGCCGAUGAAGAGGGAAAUCAGGAUGAAUCCCUGGAACCAAAGACUUUAGCUGCAGAGGACCAGGUAAAGGACCAUUCCACAGGAACUCGAGUGGUAGCAGGUCAGAUCUUCCUUCAAUCAGGGAAGUCAGACCCUCAAUCUGAGGAUGAAGAGAACUUUAACAGUCAAGAGGAAGAAAAAGAGAAUUCACUGGAAGAGUUAAACUCUCUAGAUAUGUCCAACCUAUUAAAUAAGGAUUUGGAAGAAGCAGAAAUACAGAGUCCAGUUUUGACAGCUAUUGGAGGCACUGCGGAUGGUGAACCUUGUCGCUUCCCCUUUUUGUUUAUGGAGAAGGAGUAUGCAGAGUGCACUGCAGAUGGGCGGGAAGAUGGCAGGCUUUGGUGUGCAACAACCUACGAUUACAAGAAGGAUCAAAAGUGGGGCUUCUGUGAAACUGAAGAGCAGUCUAAUAAGAGAAGGCAAAUGCAAGAAGCUGAGGAUGUCUAUCAGACCGGAAUGAAAAUCCUUAAUGAAAGCAGCAAAAAGGCUCAGAAGAAAGAAGCAUAUCAGUAUCUCCUGAAAGCAGCUGACAUGAAUCAUACGAAGGCAAUGGAGAAAGUCUCUUAUGCUUUGUUGUUCGGGGAUUAUCUGAAGCAGAACAUACAGUCAUCAAAAGAAUUAUUUGAAAAACUAACAGAAGAAGGUUCUCCCAAAGGACAAAUGGCUCUUGGAUUUCUGUAUGCAUCUGGUCUAGGAGUCAAUUCUAGUCAAGCUAAGGCCCUGGUCUAUUACACUUUUGGAGCUUUAGGAGGAAAUCUGAUAGCCCAUAUGAUCUUGGGUUAUCGGUACUGGGCUGGGAUAGGAGUCCUUCAAAGCUGUGAAUCUGCUCUCACUCACUACAGACUUGUAGCUAAUCAUGUUGCUAGCGACAUUUCAUUGACUGGUGGCACAGUGGUUCAGCGAAUUCGCUUAGCAGAUGAAGUAGAAAAUCCAGGAAUGGCAAGUGGAAUGCUGGAAGAAGACUUGAUUCAGUAUUACCAGUUUUUAGCAGAGAAAGGAGAUGUACAAGCACAGGUUGGUCUCGGACAAUUGCACUUGCAUGGAGGAAGAGGAGUAGAGCAAAAUCAUCAGCGAGCAUUUGAGUACUUCAAUCAAGCAGCUAAUGCUGGUAACUCACAUGCUAUGGCCUUUCUGGGAAAGAUGUACUCAGAAGGAAGUGAUGUUGUACCUCAGAGCAAUGAAACAGCUCUUCAGUAUUUCAAGAAAGCUGCUGAUAUGGGUAAUCCAGUUGGGCAGAGUGGAUUAGGAAUGGCUUACUUGUAUGGAAGAGGUGUUCCAGUGAACUAUGAGCUAGCACUGAAGUAUUUCCAGAAGGCUGCAGAACAGGGAUGGGUUGAUGGACAACUUCAACUAGGUUCCAUGUAUUACAAUGGUAUUGGAGUCAAGAGAGACUAUAAACAAGCUUUGAAGUAUUUUAAUUUGGCCUCCCAGGGUGGCCAUAUUCUGGCUUUUUAUAAUCUGGCUCAGAUGCACGCUACUGGCACUGGAGUGAUGCGAUCCUGUCAUACCGCUGUUGAGUUGUUUAAGAACGUUUGCGAACGGGGGCGCUGGUCUGAAAGACUUAUGACUGCCUACAACAGCUAUAAAGAUGGUGAUUCAAAUUCUGCUGUUGUUCAGUAUCUUCUUUUGGCAGAACAAGGCUAUGAAGUUGCACAAAGCAAUGCUGCUUUCAUACUUGAUCAGAAAGAAGCUAGCAUAGUUGGAGAAAAUGAAACGUAUCCUCGAGCUUUGCUUCACUGGAAUAGAGCGGCUUCUCAAGGAUAUACAGUUGCAAGAAUUAAACUUGGAGAUUACCAUUUUUAUGGGUUUGGUACCGAUGUUGAUUAUGAAACCGCGUUUAUUCACUAUCGACUAGCAUCGGAGCAACAGCACAGCGCCCAAGCCAUGUUUAAUCUGGGCUACAUGCAUGAGAAGGGACUGGGCAUCAAGCAGGAUAUUCAUCUUGCAAAACGAUUUUAUGACAUGGCAGCUGAAGCAAGCCCAGAUGCUCAGGUUCCAGUCUUCCUGGCACUUUGCAAGCUUGGAGUGAUUUAUUCUGUGCAGUAUGUUCGAGAAAUUAAUAUAAGGGAGGUAUUCUCACAUAUUGAUAUGGACCAGCUGCUGGGGCCGGAGUGGGACCUUUACCUUAUGACCAUCAUCACCUUGCUUCUGGGAACAAUUAUAGCUUACAGACAAAGGCAACAUCAGGCAAUCCCCAGACCAGCAGGACUGCGGCCAGCUGUGCCUCAACAAGAACCGCCACCAGAGCAUCAACCACCGCAAUAGCAACAAGAGCCUCAGUGAAAGAACUGGAUUUUUCCACAAGGAACAAUUUUCAUUGUGAUUUAGGACUUUGGAUCAACGGUCCCUCCCACAAAAGAGGCACAAAGAAGUUUAUAAAGGAAAAAGUCUGAAAGCUGCUUAGAAUGAUGCCUUUUUUCAGGGAUAAGAAAAUUAUUUUGAAACUGAUUUGAAUGUUAUUUCAGUGCCAAUGGAAUAACACUAUGGCUUUUUCAUGGAAACACAAAAGUGUGCUACUACAAAAAUGUUGCCUGCUGUAUCUAGUUCCUCUUUAUUCAAAGUCCUUUUCAUCUUGUAGAGAGAGAAGGUUAGCAUUGGAAGGUUUUUGCCUGCCUGAUAGCAGCUGCCCUAUAAAAACAAAAUAGUAAUGAUUUUAUGGCCAAUUUCAGUCCAAGAAGCUGAACUUCAUUCAAAGUCUAAAAAGGCUAGAGCUGUAUGAACUUACAUUCUGAUCUGCAUCCCAAGUAUUUCUACAAUUUUUAUUUCAUUUAUUUCUUACACUUCAGUCUUUUAUGCUGUCCUGGAUGGUUUAAUGUGGAUUAUUUAUAAACUCUGUAAAACUACGCUAGCAAACAUGUCACUCUGCAUUUGUGCUUUUUUGUGUAUCUUCCUCCAUUACCCUUCAAGCAGGCAGUUGUAAGGAGUCUGUCUGUAGCCCAGGAGGCGGGCUGAGACAGAUUGGGUCUGUGAAGAUAAUUAGUUGAAAGCUAUUACUGCAGUGCCCAGAUCUUGCAUUCUUCUAAAAUUGUUUUGGAGACUGUAAUUUGCAGUCCUUAGUGACAUAAGGACAAGUUGGUAAUGUUCCUAAAUAAUUUAACCUUGCUCUUGCAGAGAGACUGAGUCUAGAUUGCAGAAAGCACAAGUAUUAGUGGACACUGAAGGAAUGACAGAGCCAGAAAGGUCAGUGAGUUAGCCUACUCAUUUUUUAGUAGUGGGAGUCUUGUAUUUAAUUUUCAAUGAUCCUGCAUGUUCUCUGCACUGCAAGAAGGUGGUCUUGCAGCUGAAAUGUAUGUGGUAUCUUACCCGUGCAUCUGUUUAAUGUAUCUGCAGAGAAGGGGCCCCAGAGAUGCAUACUCUCUGCAGAAGGGCAUGGACUUACGCCAGCAAUGCUACUACAAAGUUUGGUUGACUGAUAAAAAUCAUAUGUUAGAUCACAGCAGUGCUCUGGCUAUGGCCUACCUCUCUUGUACCUGGCAUACACGAGAAAGUCAGAACAACACUUCUGAAUGGCUGUGCCAUCUGAGGAUCCCUUGUAACAAGAAAAUCCACAGAUAAAGACAACUAAUGGUUUAUGGCCUCUUGAUCCCAUCAGGUCAGUGCAAAGGCUUUCUAGUGAGUAUAAAGAUUAAGACCUGUGGAAUGAUGUUUUUAGACUGCAAGGAGAGUUUUGAGUUAGUGACAAUUUUUCAUUGAACUAUAAUUUCAGGGGUUGAGGGUGGCAAGCGGUGAGGGAAUAGCUUAGGUGUAACAUACAGAUGUUUCUGUUCUUAUUUGGCAAAGGCAGUUAAGUAUUUGUUUCUGUACUAGCAUUAAACCCUCUGAAUAUGCUGUCUUAAAGCAGAAUGAAAUACGAAUAAUGAGGUUGUACCUUUUUGUCGAAAUCUGCUGCAUUUAAAUGAUUAAGAGCUUCCUCGUACAUUUUUUUCCUUCAUUGGAUUGGCAGCAACCUAUCAAUACGCUGUAGAGUUGAGACUUGAUCUGUUUUUAUAUUUAAUGCAUUUGUAAGGCGACCAUUGCAUUAAUAUAUCUGUAGCUUGGCGGAGAGGAUAAGAAAUCCACUCUUCUGUAAACUGAAGUGUCAUGAUGACUUAGUAUUAAAAUAUAGGUAGAGCUUUUCAAUGCUUCAAAAUGCCUUUGCUGGUUACAUGGAGACAAAUCUCCCAUUUAAGUUUGGAGGGUUGCAGCAAGUGAUAGAGGGAUGUCUUGUUUCAGUCUUGAUCAUCAUCAUCAGAUGCAACAGUAUUGAAUCUUAAUGUAGUGUCUAAAAUGUAUAGCAACUCCCCAGCUGCAUUUCUAAGAUCUGUGACUUCUGAGCACUUCCUCUGAAGUAUUUUUUGCCUCUGUCACUUAAUAGCUCUUUUCAGCUCAGCGUGAAUAAAUUAAAGAUUAUAUGGAAAAUGUUUUUCAGUUAACUACCACUAGUUCAUUGGUCUCUUAGGAUGUUUAACAAUUUUGUUACUGCUUUAUUAAAAUUGUUUUUGUUGUUUAAGAA